AUGGGGGACAGUGCAGAGCCAGGUUCUCCCGAAACCUUGGAUAGCCAAAUAACAAGAUUUCAGAGCAGUUCCACCAGCAUCCGCAUCGAAGCCUUGCGUAAACUGCUCCACACGGUCCAAGGCUCUGAUGAGCCUGAGCUCCAGGCUGCAUUGAAACUCCUACCUACAGUUCUUGCAACCUAUCCACGUUAUACAGACCGGAAGUCUCGACGAGCGGUUCAGUCAUGCCUUCGAGCCUAUUUGAACGCACCCUCUCUGGCUGCAACAGCUUUUCCUGCAAUCACCAAAUAUAUAGUCCAGCAGAGCCAGAAGGCCGUCAUAGCUGUUGGAAGCGCCUUUGUACUCCUUGAAUGGGCGUGCAUUCUUCAGCAAGAUAGCUCGCGUAACCAAAAGUUCUUCAAUGCCACCUUUCCAGAUGUUUCGCUCGCGGCUGCUCGCCUGAUUGAUAAAUGUGAGGAUGAGAAUGUCCGUGGUGGAGUCCACCAUUCUGCCCUGGUUAUUGCCAGGAGGGGUCUUCGCGAUGCAUUCAAAGCCCCCUCAGUAGGGGCCCAGGGAUUGGACCUUACUGUAAAGGCAAUAACAGGUGCAUCAGACCCUAGCUCCAGCUAUGCCCCGUACUUGGGUAUUGUUGCUGGCGUCAGCACACGAAUACCUCAAAGAAAGAAGCAGCUGGAAACUCUAAAGAGACAGGUCUUGGAGUUCUAUGUUAAGGCUAUUAUAGGCUCAAAGACCCUGGUUCCCCGUCACCAGUCCCAUGGCCUAGAAGAUUUCUUUUUGGAAUAUGCAACUGUCAAGGACCUUGCUGAUAUCGUGGUCCCGGCAAUCGAAAAGGCUGUUUUGCGAUCUCCGGAAGCAAUUCUUCAAGGCCCUAUCGUUGAGCUGGCCUCUUGCCUCCCUCCUGGCAUUGAUACCUCAGGCCUUGUCUUGUCAAAGCUCCUGAAACCCCUUCUAUCAGCCCUUAACUCGACAAAUCCCACAGUGCGCGACGGCGCCGGCAAAGCCUUGCUGACUCUAAUCGCCAGGGGUGGAGAUCCCUCGACCGUCCAAAAAAUUGCGACUGAGAUAGCAUCGACGUUGAAAUCAUCCAAGACUGCGAGCUUUGAAUUACGUGGUUUGCUUGCUGAUGCUCUGCGUGCUGUGUCCCCGGAACUAACGACAUCUGCGACUAUUGUUCAAGCGCUGGUUCAAGCGGCGGCAAAGGAAGCGAACGAAGGAGCACUGAGAAAGGAAUUGCUUGCCUUGGCACCUCAUUUGACAAUACUCAUCUCAGCCUCAGGCAUUGACAAGCCCCUCUCAGAACCACUCCUGAAAGGAUGCGUCGACAAACGACCGAUAUUUCGAAAGCUCUGGCUCUUGUGCAUUGCUAGCGUCCUAAAAAGCCUUGACCAUGCACCAUCACAAGAUUCCUCAAAAGACUUCAUCCGGGCAGGUUUGCGAGCUCUGAAAGAUGUGCAUGAUGAAUUUGCCCUCAACCCUCUUCCUGCGACCCAGAAUGGCUCAGUUGCGGCAGCGUUCGGCCUUCCAGCGCUCCUUGACGCGCCAAUUCUACAGCUCGAUGAUUUCAAAUCCAAAUCCUACGAACCAUUGAGGCAACAGCUCCUCGUGGUCGCUCCCAAGAUAUCCGUUUUGGUCAACCCAAAAGUAUAUGGCCGGCUUACAGUGUCGGAAGACACCCACUGGGCACUUCUUGCCUUGAUAAAUCUAGCUCCGGAGCUUGGCACGGCCAACGGUGACGCGAAAGCGGCAUGGGCAAGAGCACUUCUGCAUCUCUUGAUGACGCCAGAUGUGGACUCAGAGAUCCGCCGAGAGACAAGUGCAUCUCUCUCGCUCGCUUACUUAAAAAGUCCUGCUGCGGUCGGCACGAGCAUUGUUCUAGGUAUAUGGGACUUCCUCCGUGCGCGUGCCCAAGAAGUACCUGGUGCUACGAGCUACUCAGAACCACUGGCUGACCAACGCUUGUUACUUGCGGUAAAGUGCAUCACUCCUUCUAAAGAAAAAUGGGCGACCAUCGAUGAGCGGGUGCCAACAGAUGCCCUGGAGCGGCAGUCCAUUGCCACCGUUGCCCUCCUGAGGCCUGAGUUGAUUUCUCACGCAGACUGGAUUACAACUUGCCUGGCCACAGGCGUUGACCCUGGCAACUUGGCUGCAACAUAUCACGAGGCUUUCCUCUCAGAACUUCUCUCGCAUUUUAGACAUGAUAAAUUAGCACCGCUCAACAAAUUCGAAGCUGCCGCAUGUAAUGCCGCUGCUACAUUGGCCUUUGUCUCUCCAGAUUCUUUUACACCAUCGCUAAUUGCUCAGUUUUCGAGAGACCUCGAAUCGUCUCAGCUUAAUGGGAUUGGUCCCACGGAAGCAUUAAUCGCCCGUGCCCCAGAAGGAACUAUGGUAUUCGACGUCCUCGGCCAGCAGUCGAAUGGUGUCCUCGACAAUAAGAAUCAGAAAGACUAUGAUGUUCUCAAGUGGGAGGAAGAAAUACGUACUCAGUUAUCUAAGAAAAAGGGCACACCUCAGAAGAAACUGACCGCUGAACAGCAAGCCAAGGUAGAUGCCCAGCUCGCUCAUGAGAAGGAGGUGAGACAAAAGAUCCGAUUGAUAUCUGGAAAUCUCAGACGAGGUGCUGGAUUCGUUCAAGGGCUAGCCAACGGUCCUCCCACCGUCGCGAAGAUGUGGAUGACUCCGGCAAUCACGUCCCUCUUGAAUGCGCUUGAAGUUGGUGCGUCCCUCAUUGUUGACGAUGAGCUGUUCACAUCAUAUAUUGCUUGCGCUACGCAAAUUUCGGAUCGGCUGGGUACCAUGCGCCCGUUCAUCGGAAUAGCCACAUUAAGGUCCUUGCGCAAUGCCAGCGUGCCGGAACACCUUUCGAGUGAACCUCUUGCAGAGCUAGGCACCCGAGUAUUAUAUAGACUUAGGUUUGCUGCAGAACAACGGCCUUUUGACACGGCAACGACGGCAUAUGCUCUGCCUCUCAUCUUUUCGGUCCUCGAAAGUGGGAGAGUCGGCGAUGUCGGAGACGACGAUGCAGAUGCGCAAGUUCUCCUUGCUCUCGAGUUCUUGUCGUUUCAGGUAGGGUCUGGCGCAGACCAAUUCCUUCCAAGAGCAGACAUCCUUCAGCACCUCAUCAAGGCCAUGCAAAAGUACAAUCAACAUUAUCGAAUCGUCAAAGACUGCUUACUCGACUUUAGCCGCUCAAUUUCCGACAAUCUGACCCCCAAAGAACGUGACAUUCUUCUUGCUGCUACAACUUUGCCUGAGACUUCCACACGAUCAGCUGUCCUUCAAGCAAUAAACUCGGAAAUAGAUCUCUCAGAUAUCGAUUACUCGGUCCACAUCUGGAUUGCGUGUCAAGACGAGGAGGAUGAAAACGCCGAGAUGGCACUGGCGAUUUGGCAAGAACAUGACUUUACUGUCACCGAGGAGAUGAUCGACAGAAUACCAGAUUUUCUCUAUUCUCCCGCUCAAUCUACUAGAGUCGCAGCUUCAAAGGCACUUGCACAGGCACUUGUCCAAGUCAGAUCAAAGACCGAUGAAAUACUUGCACGGUUACAAGAUUCAUAUCGAUCUGAGGCAAAGCCGCUUGUUCCAAAGCGUAACAAGUUUGGAAUCGUACAAAAAGGUGAAUUGGUAGAUCAAUGGGAAAGGCGAAGUGGACUAGCUUUGGCCUUCAAAGAAUUGUCAUUAGUCUUGAGCACCGCAUCGCUGAUGCCCUUCAUGGCCUUCCUGGUUUCAGAGGGCCCACUAUCUGAUCGUUACACAAUAGUACGGGAACAAAUGGUCAACGCGGGGACCGAGGCUGUUGCGAACCGUGGCAGGGAACAGGUAGAGCCUUUUAUGAGCCUUUUCGAGAAGGUCCUGCAAGGGCCAGACCAGGCAACACAGGAGGCAGAUUGGGUUAACGAAGCGGUCAUCGUUCUUUAUGGAUCUGUUGCACGACAUCUACCCGAUGGAGACAAGCGAACUCAGAAUGUCAUUAGUAAACUCCUUGAGACGCUCAGCACCCCUUCAGAAUCCGUGCAGUACGCUGUCGCAAAUUGUUUACCUCCAUUGGUGCGACCACAAAGUCUCGAAGCUGGGACGUAUGUCACUUCAUUGUUGAAGCAGCUCCUCGAGUCCAAAAAAUAUGCUGAGCGUCGUGGGGCAGCGUAUGGGCUAGCCGGUAUCGUCAAGGGCAAAGGAGUGGCGAUUCUACGCCAACUUCGGAUCAUGUCAGCACUCAGGGCCGCAACCGAAAACAAGAAAAGUGCUGAGCAUCGGCAAGGAGCGUUGAUGGCGUACGAACUGAUGUCGCUCCUCCUCGGGCGAUUGUUUGAACCAUAUAUGAUCGAAGUACUGCCACAGCUACUCGGAUUAUUUGGUGACCCUACAACUUCAGUUCGUGAGGCAUGCCUGGAUACUGCAAAGACAUGUUUUGCGAGCCUCAGUUCGUUCGGCGUCAAUCGCGUACUUCCCCAGCUACUCGAGGGCCUGGAUGAAACACAAUGGCGAAGCAAGAAAGGAGCUUGCGAUCUUCUCGGUGCCAUGGCUUACUUAGACCCUCAGCAGCUUGCAACCAGCCUGCCCGAUAUCAUUCCACCUCUUACCUCUGUGCUAACGGAUAGUCAUAAGGAGGUACGGUCAGCAGCCAAUAGCAGUCUGAAGAGAUUCGGAGAAGUUAUCACGAACCCGGAAGUCAAAAGUCUCGUUGAUAUCCUGUUGAAGGCUCUAAGUGACCCUACAAGAUACACAGAAGAAGCCUUAGAUGGACUUAUCAAAGUCUCGUUUAUACACUAUCUAGAUGCUCCAUCCUUGGCUUUGGUGGUGAGAAUCUUGGAAAGAGGCCUGAAUGACCGAUCAGCCACCAAGCGGAAAGCAGCUCAGAUCAUCGGCAGCUUAGCCCAUCUUACAGAGAAGAAGGACAUUGUAACGCAUUUGCCUAUCUUAGUCACUGGUUUGCGUCUUGCAUCUGUCGAUCCUGUCCCAGCAACCCGUGCUACAGGCUCCAAGGCAUUGGGUAGUCUCGUCGAGAAACUCGGCGAAGACGCGUUUCCGGACCUCAUUCCCAGCCUCAUGUCUUCACUUCGUACAGAUACUGGCGCAGGAGAUCGUCUUGGCUCUGCGCAAGCUCUGAGUGAGGUGCUUGCAGGUCUUGGUACUGCGCGCCUCGAAGAGACGUUGCCCACGAUUCUACAGAAUGUUGCAAGUCCGAGAGCCACCGUUCGAGAGGGAUUCAUGACUCUCUUCAUUUUCUUGCCAGCCUGCUUUGGAAAUGGGUUUGCCAACUAUCUUUCCCAAAUCAUCCCAUCCAUUCUCAGUGGUCUGGCUGAUGACAUGGAAGCUAUUCGUGAUACUGCUCUCCGAGCAGGUAGACUACUUGUCAAAAAUUUUGCCACGAAAGCAAUUGACUUGUUACUACCGGAAUUGCAACGAGGAUUGGCAGACGAUAGCUAUCGUAUUCGUCUUAGCUCCGUCGAACUUGUCGGAGAUCUCCUUUUCAAUCUGACGGGUGUGAGCGCCCAGGCUGAGGCAGAAGAAGAAGGCGGAUCUGCGGCUCAAGCUGGCCAGUCACUUCUGGAAGUCCUGGGUGAGGACCGUAGAAACAAGGUCCUCUCUUCUCUGUAUAUCUGCCGUUGCGACACGUCUGGAAUGGUCCGCGCUGCCGCCAUUGCUGUGUGGAAAGCAUUGGUUGCAACCCCGAGAACCUUACGAGAGCUAGUACCAACGCUCAGUCAGAUGAUCAUUGCUCGCCUUGCAUCCUCAAACAUGGAGCAUAAGGUUAUUGCAGCAAAUGCUCUAGGAGAAGUCAUCCGAAAAGCGGGAGAAGGUGUUUUUGCUUCGCUACUACCUUCACUCGAGGAAGGCUUGCAGACUUCAACUGAUCCGGACAAACGACAGGGCAUCUGCAUCGCCUUGCGUGAAAUUGUCAACGCGGCACAGCCAGAAUCGUUAGAAGAGCAUGAAAAGAAAUUGAUAGCGAUUGUGCGAGUAGCCUUGACUGACUCGGAUCCAGAAGUGCGAGAGGCUGCCGCCGAGUCUUUUGACUCGUUACAACAGACGUUCGGCAAGCGCGCCGUUGACCAAGUUCUGCCGCAUCUUCUCAACCUUCUGCGAAGCGAGUCAGACGCGGAACAUGCAUUGUCUGCAUUGUUGACAUUGCUCACCGAAGCAACAAGAGCCAAUGUCAUCCUACCAAAUUUGAUCCCAACACUCUUGACCAAUCCCAUUACAGCGUUCAAUGCGAGAGCACUCGCCUCGUUGGCCAAGGUUGGAAGCUCUAGCAUGACUAGGCGACUACCAACAAUCCUCAAUAGUCUUGUCGACAGUAUUGUCAAGUGCAAGGACGAAGAGCUUCUGGAAGAAUUGGAGUUGGCCUUUGACGCAGUACUGUCAUCAGUCGAUGAAUUUGACGGCCUGAACACUGCAAUGAGCGUGAUGCUCACAAUGAUCAAACACGAUGACCACAGAAGACGAGCAGUGGCAGCAAAUCACCUUGCCACAUUUUUUGCGACAUCUUCGGUGGAUUAUUCUCGUUACAAUCAAGAUCUCAUUCGCGUGCUUCUCAUCUCAUUUGGAGAUCGAGAUCAAGAUGUGGUCAAGGCCGCAUGGGCUGCACUUAGUCAACUCCAGAGCCACCUGCGCAAAGAAGAGAUGGAAACUCUCGUUACUUCAACUCGUCAGGUGCUCCAGCAGGCUGGAACAGCAGGCUCAAUACUCCCAGGAUUUGCCCUUCCUAAGGGCAUUCUCCCUGUCCUCCAGAUCUUCCUUCAAGGACUCAUGAAUGGCACUGCGGAACAACGAGUCCAAUCGGCCAUGGGUAUCUCUGAUAUUAUUGACCGAUGCGGCGCUGAUGCUCUGAAGCCGUUUGUCACACAAAUCACUGGCCCACUGAUCCGAGUGGUAGGCGAGAGGUCAAUGGAGGUCAAAUGCGCCAUUCUAGCGACACUGAAUCAAUUACUCCAAAAGAUCCCUACCUUCCUCAGACCAUUUUUGCCCCAGUUGCAGAGAACUUUCACCAAGUCAAUUGCAGAUCCAACUAGUGAUCUUCUGCGCACACGUGCCACCAAGGCGUUAAGCACCUUGAUCACAUUAACUCCACGAGUUGACCCGCUUAUCGCAGAGCUAGUAACAGGUUCCAAAACGCCUGAUGCUGGAGUGCGCAAUGCAAUGUUGAAAGCAUUGCAAGAGGUAGUCAGCAAGGUCGGUGGCAACAUGAGCGAUACAUCAAGAGAGUCUAUUCUCGGGCUUAUGGACGUCCAACCAGACGCACCAGAUGACAACAUGAUGGUCACUAAUGCACGUUUGCUCGGGGCUAUGAUCAAAGUACUUCCGCAGGAGAAGACAAUCUCUCUGAUCAAGAGUCGAGUGAUUGUCCAGCCCUCUACCAGUGCGUCAAUCCUUGGACUCAACUCCGUUUUGUUGGAAAGCGCAUCCACGCUCGUUGACGAGUACGCGGAGGAGACACAGCAAGUGCUGGUAGCGGGCAUUUCAGGCAAGAAUAUCUUUGUGCAGCAAAAUUCAGUGCUGGGUGCAGGCAAGUAUCUUUUGUCUGAUGGGGUGGUAUCUGAUAGCGAAGCAGUUCAGCCGCUGUUUGAGGCUCUUUCUACUGUGGUUGCCCCAGGUGGAGACAUCGACUCCCGUCGGCUGGCGUUGGUGGUGAUACGAACCGUGGCACGCCAUCAUGCAGAGCUGGUGCGAGAAUUCCUUUCACUCUUGGUUCCACCGGUGUUCUCCUCUGUGCGUGAUGCUGUGAUCCCGGUCAAGUUGGCAGCAGAAGCAGCAUUCCUGGAAUUGUUUGGGGUGGUGGAUGAAGAGUCGGCGGUAUACGACAAGUACAUGGCUGGGCCUGGCAAAGGACUGCCUAUGGGUCAACAACGGCCAAUGAGCGACUAUUUCAAGCGAGUGGCUUUGAGGCUAGGGGCGCAGGCCCGUGAAAGAAGAGAAGCAGAAGGUGGCCAGGGCGGGUUAGGUCUAAGCUCUGACGAACAAGAGGACGAGAGGGAAGUGUGGAGUGUCGGAAAGGUGGACCUCAGCGAUGUGGUGAUGGAUGAAUGA